ACGAAACGGGCCGUUUAAAACACUACUCCUCUUCGUGGUAUGCACACGCUAGUCGCGAUUAGUCACCGGAGAUACCAUCUGGAAAGGAGCAUCGUCAGUGCUGCCAAUGUCCCUCCUCCACGGCCUCUGCCCCGAACAGCCUCGACAACAACGACGACGACGACGACGAGCACAAGUACCACGACGCACCCGGAAUGCCAGGAAUCGCGACUAUCGCGAGAGCGUCGGAAAGGAUGUUGGACGUGGUUGAACGCCACGCCGCCGCGCCGUCUCGCGAUCCUUACGCCGAUAGCGGAUUGUACCCACAGAUCGCGCGAGUGCCACAAUUAUCGCUCGCAGAACGUACGGUCGUUCCGAAAUGUUCCGAGAGAUGACGCAAGUAUCACGAUUAUCGUGCAAUACGCGGGAAAAAUGGAAGUACAUUUCACCCGAUAUCACUAUCAUUCAAUGAGAGGAAACCGCAAUGAUUGGUACUUCGUGGAAUCCAGGUGUUGUAUCAGUCAUAAUAAAGCAGCGCGUAGACGAUUACGGCGGGGACACACGCACAUCGGCCGCGAAUGUGGUACAUCGUGGAAUGCAAAUGUUGUAACAGUCAUAAUAAAGCAGCGCGUAGACGAUUACGACGGGGACGCAGACACAUCGGUCGCGAAUGACGGAUUUGGGGCUCAUUAUCGGAUGCGGCAAUCGGAAACCAUCCGAUCGGGCAACGUGUAACAACCACGGACUGGUAGCGCAACCGUCGCGUCGCCAACGAGCGCGAUCGUUAACGUUAACCGCUCGCGUUGCGAAGAGUAUUCAUGCGUGGCUCAGCUGCACCUGAUUACGUUAAUAAUGAACGCAAUUGGCGCUCACCUGCGUGACUCGCCGAAUGCGCUUUAAUCUGUUUACCGAUUGCUCGCCGACGGUGUUAUCGCGUGCGCGCGAGAGUGCGAACGGCCGUGCGCACAUUCGGCAUAGCACAUCGACGUUUGCACGCUUAAUUCGCUCGAUUUCGCCGAAUUGUGUCCGACUCGUCGCAAAGCCGAUGAUAACGCGUUUGCUGCGCGAUAACGUACAUACAUGAGGAGAUAAAACAACGGAUAUCGCAAAGCGAACUCUUCAUUUUCCACGAUGCGUCGCGCUGCGCGCCGCGCCGUCGAGAACGUGCACCGUUUGCUAGAACGGUGAACGAGCAACGAUUCCGUAUUUUUUUGUUAUUUUUUUAAAUUUAUGAAAUAUUAAUAUUUUUUUCUGUGAUAUAUUUAUGGUGUUUUUUUUUUUUUACGUGCACACAGUUGAGUGAUAUUCAAGGACUUUAAUUCUGUCUGUUACAUGAUAAAUGUCUAACUCUAAAUCACAGUUAUACCGUCUUCAAUUGAAUCUAUAGCAUGAUGAAGAAUCAUUUCGAGAUCUCUCGACUGUAUAAUGCGAUAGUCGCGAAGCGAUUAUUCCAGCCUUAUCGGCGAUACACUCGGUGCGCAAAUACCAUCGAGACGCGUUGAAGGUGAAAGGAAAAUGGCGGAAGGAUGCGUGAGAGCGGAAAAUAAGAUCAAUUUCGUUGUGCGUUCACUGAUCAUGUACACCUGAGCCGCUCUUUCUCACGUCGCGUCGUUGUCGUCGUCGUCGUCGUCGUCGUCGUCGUCGUCGGCGGCGGCGGCUCGGUCAACCGUCGAGACUUUUCGCUCUUGUCGACUCCGUGUCGCGUAUUCCCAGCACGCCGCGGAAACAGCGGUGGGUUUAUUUUCCGCGGAAAAUCACAACGUGUCCGGAUAAUGCCGGUUAUCGCGCGGCACGCUGAAUACAAUGCCUCGAGUACGGAGAGAAAGAUCGGAAGCUGCCCCGCUUCUCGCCUCCCGUGUCGAGAAUAUACACUGUAUAAAUGUGCAUUCGUUGCAUACGACGGUAAGCUCGCGCGCUUCGGGCACCGCCUCCGGCAACAAGAUAUGUAAGAAAACGCGAUAUAGGAUACGCGCCGCGCCGUACCGGUGACGUUUGCUUCCAAUUCGAAGAAACGAAUCUUCCUCCGUAGAGAUUUCAAGUGAAAAUGUAAAAAUCAACAAUGAUUUAAUGUGUAUAUGACCGUAAAACGGGACUUGUUCUUAAGUAGAAAUAAACAGAAAAGAAUAGAAAGAUAUACACGUGACGUGAGACUUCCGUACGCGGAGAAUUCCCCAAUGAAUCGUUUUUGAGCAAUCGCCAUUCGCAUCGCGAGCAUGGCAAUAAAUUCAAAUUUUAUUGAAUUAUACAAUAGGAGCCAGGAAGAUCGUUUAAACUACACGCGAACGCUUUCACGAUCGGGCAGCAUUGAAUUCCGCGGUGUUGUUAGGCGGUCGAUUCUAUAUAUACGGACUCUUGGGCUGCGAUUUUAAAAUAAUCAAACUUGAUAAGAAAUUUUUCAUUUAUUGCAAUUAGGUGUGAAUAUUUAUA